UCAAAUUGCUGUCUUUGUUGUUUUUUUUUUCUCAGAUUGAAUCGAGAAUGGAGAAAGAAAUCGUAACAGACGAAAUCGAAGAGAAAAUCGAUGAAGUAGAAGAAACACAACCUCUUCUGAAUCCUAACCCUAAGACAGUGAAAACAAAAGUACCUGAAGUUGAAAUCAAUGUAUACAGAAAAGGAAGAGGUCCAAUUGAUAAAUUCAAAACUAAUUUAGGAGGAUGGGAUCAAGAUCGAUUAGAAGUUGUUGAUAUUCUUGAUAAAUAUGGUUUUAAAUCGAUCUUCGCUUUUAAUACUGAUAAAGGAAGAGGUGUUCCUAUUCGAUUUAAUGCUAAGAACGGUAGAUCUUUGCUUCCUUACAGAGAUGGAUCUGUGAUUUUCAUUGAUGGUGAACCAAAGGACUCCCUGAUCAAGCCUAUAUCAAAGAUAUUGUUUGGUCUAGCAAUGUCUGUCCUUCUAAUAUCAUUCGUCCUGAAAGAGAGACCUGCCUGGUUCGAGAAAUUGAACGCUUAUGGUGGUAAUUUCCCUCCAUGGGCAAUUGCUUGUGCUGUUAUAGUUUUCACUCGGAUGAGAAAGAGAACAAGAGAUUUUCUGGCAAAAUUUGGUUUCUGAAAGUAAAUUCUGUGAACCUCAGAGUUGUGAUAUCAUAUUAACACUUUCUUUUAGAAUCUUUGUAUCUCAAUGACAUCGGUUAGAAAGUUGAAUAUUCAUUCAAAUGACUUGGGUUCAUGUUUAUUUGAACCAAAAACUCGAAACAUAUUGAAUGACCUUACACGGAUUAAUGGAAUAGCAGUACAUUUUUGUGUAGUCUAA